CAAUGCUCACAACAGCAACUUUGCGAGGCAGAAGUUUCGGGGAUUAUUGAAGAAAAUGUAAUAUAUGCACCAUGGGCAAAAAAAGAGGUGAACCACUCUUUCAGCUGCGGGUUAGAUUGAGACAGACUAAGAAGGCUCCUGCAGUCCAACCAUCACCUGCAAAACCAACAAAUUGGAGACAUAAACUGAAAGCAGAAAAUCCGACAAAGUAUGCAGAGGUCCUGAAGAGAACAGCAGAGUACAAUAAAUUACAAAGGCUGGAGAUGUCUGUUGCAGCGCAUACACUGGGUAAGAGAAAUCUAUCUGAAGAAGAGCGAGAGAAAGCACACAAGUAUUUAGAAAGAAAGAAGAAAUACAACAAGGGUACAGCCAUGAGAAUGAGGAAAUUGAGAGCAAAGAAGAAGAUUGAAGAAUCCAAAGUCCAAAGAAGCAGCAAAACCUUCCUGUCACAAGGGCACAGCAGAUGAAACAAAAGCAAAAACAAACUGCCGAGGCAAAAUACAGAAGGGAAAAACGUGCAACACCACCACCUGCAAAUCAACAAAUUGGAGACAUAAACUGAAAGCAGAAAAUCCGACAAAGUAUGCAGAGGUCCUGAAGAGAUCAGCAGAGUACAAUACAUUACAAAGGCUGGAGAUGUCUGUUGCAGCGCAUACACUGAGUAAGAGAAAUCUAUCUGAAGAAGAGCGAGAGAAAGCACACAAGUAUUUAGAAAGAAAGGAGAAAUACAACAAGGGUACAGCCAUGAGAAUGAGGAAAUUGAGAGCAAAGAAGAAGACUGAAGAAUCCAAAGUCCAAAAGAAGCAGCAAAACCUUCCUGUCACAAGGGCACAGCAGAUGAAACAAAAGCAAAAACAAACUGCCGAGGCAAAAUACAGAAGGGAAAAACGUGCAGCAAUGUCAAAGGAUGAACGGGAACAGCAUAAUGCUAAUAGGCGAAGAAAAUACCAUCAGAAAGUCCAGCAACAAAGGAAUCUUCUUCAAGAAGCUACCCUGCUGAAGGCGAGAGAAAAGGAACUGAACAAAGAGGAAAUGCGCCUGAAAGCAUUGAGAGAAGCCCUUGAUGAGAAAGAAAAAGAUAUAAAAACAAAGAUGUCUGCACUUGGGGCUGAGAACAGGACACCAGCAGCAAGACGAAAGAGUUUGGAGAGGGCAAGGGUGAAAAUGCCAAAAGAACCACAAAAAAACGUAACCACUCUCGUGGAUCUGUACGACAAGGCGUCACCUAGAAAGAAAAUGGCUUUUGAGAAAAGAGGCAUUGCUUUGCAAGGUAGUGAGAGAGACGUGCAACAUGUUCUGGUAGCAGCCAUAGGCACUCAGAUGAAAUCCAUCAAGCACAGUACAAAGAAGAAAAAUCUGCAGAAAAAAGCAGAGUUUGCAGAAGUAGCCCGGAUUCUCAAAAAGUAUCGCCUGCAAAAGAAAGGGAUCAAGCUGUUAAAUAUUGGGCGCAAGAUGAUUGCUGGUCCCCGUGGAUCAAGUAAAUGCGUGUUGAACAAAAAUGCGACAAGCAGCCAUGACAGUAGCCAUGACAGCAGCCAUGGAAACAGCCAUGACAGUAGCCGUGACAGCAGCCGUGACAGCAGCCAUGACAGCAGCCAUGGAAACAGCCAUGACAAUAGCCGUGACAGCAGCCGUGACAGCAGCCAUGGAAACAGCCAUGACAAUAGCCGUGACAGCAGCCGUGACAGAAGCCGUGACAGCAGCCAUGACAGAAGCCGUGACAGCAGCCGUGACAGCUGCCGUGACAGCAGCAGUGGCAGCAGCAGUGGCAGCAGCAGUGGCAGCAGCAGUGGCAGCAGCAGUGGCAGCAGGCAUGGGAGCAGCAACAGGUUCAGCUUACCCGAACACAAAACAGGAGAUGACAGUGCACGAGCACAUAUCAGUGCUCUGGACUUUGUUGCUGUUAGAGUAACUACUGCGGGUUGGCGAGCAAAGUCCAAUCAACUACAUGUUGCCCAGGUCGCAUCAGUUCUUACGGACAACACCUUCAGUCUCUCUUACAUGAUCAAGCGCCAAAAUCAGUACACCUGGCCCGAGGGUGAAGAGCUGUUUUUUCUUCAUCCCCGAUGUGACAUCAUCGUGAAACUUGAGGAUCCUGAGCCAGUUACAGCAGGCUCCCGUCUGUUCUUUAAGUUCAACAUGAAGAGGGCUGAAGAACUCUUCCAGCAGCACUAGACAACCACUUCAAGAUCUUUAAAUAAGGGCGGCCAUUGUUCAACAUUGUAUGCCUUAUGUAACAGUGUUGUAGUCGAGUCCAUCACAAGUCCAUCACAGACCCAGCACAAGUCCUUUUACAAGCCCAGUCACAAGUCCUUUCAUAAGACCAGUCAGAAGAAACAGAGUGAACAACCACAAAGGAAUGCUUUUGUUACAAUUCAUUUGAAUAGCUUGUGAUUUGGCUUAAGACUGAAUUGUUUGUGAUGGACUUGUGAUGGACUUGCAGGGACUUGUGAUGGACUUGACUACAGCACUGUUAUGUAGUGGGUACUAGAAGGGUGGGA